CGGCAAGAAAAAAAGACCCACCCAAACAGCCAACACAGCAAGACAGCAAGACAGGCAGGCGAGCUGGAGUCAGACACAUCAUCAGCAAGGAGAUCAGAUAAGAGACAGAUAAAGGAGACACAGCUGACAGCGUUGCAGUGGUCCAUUCACAUACACUGUACUUAAGUUGCAGGAAGGACUGUGCAGCCAAAACGACAACAAAGAAAAGGCAACAUGGGGGAUGUGGAUGCGGAGCUGAAGAUCCUCAUUAUUGGGGACAGCAACUGCGGCAAAUCCUGCUUGUUGAUGCGCUUCACAGAUGACACCUUUGAUGAACACAUGGGCCCAACCAUCGGUGUUGACUUCAAGAACAAGAUGCUGACAUUGAACGGUCAACAGGUGAAGCUGACGGUGUGGGACACGGCAGGACAGGAUCGCUUCAAGACCCUGACGGCCAGCUAUUAUCGUGGCGCACACGGCGUCAUCCUCGUGUAUGAUGUAACUCGGCGCGCCACCUUCGAACACAUCAUCCCAUGGCUCAACGAGGCCAACGUGUACUGCGACGACAACGUUGUCAAGAUGCUCGUGGCAAACAAGAUUGAUGAGCCAAGGCAGGUGUCGACGGAUGAAGGCAGGGCGCUGGCGCGCGAGAAGAACAUGCUUUUCAUCGAGUGCAGCGCCAAGACGAAAGUCGGUGUGCAGCAGGCAUUUGAGGAGUUGGCACAACAGGUGCUGGAUACGCCUGAGCUGUAUCAGUCGCCCUCCUCUGGCGCUGGCGUGGAUGUCUCCUCCUCUUCCUCAGGACAACUCAACGGCGACGUCUGCGGCUGUUGAGUGCGUGUGUGUGUGUGUGUGUGUGUGUGUCUGUGUGUCUGUGUGUGUGUGUGACUGUGUCUGUGUGUCUGUGGGUCUGUGGGUCUGUGUGUGUGCGUGUGGGUCUGUGUGUGUGUGUGUGUGUGUGUGUGUGUGUGUGUGUGUGUGUG